AGGAGAGGAAGAGGAGUAGAGUAUAUAAGCGGGCGGUGGCAGGCAGGAGCAGGCAUUCCCUUGGUGGACGUGGUGCAGUGCAGGAGUCACCUCAACGCUCUUGUUCGCUUACCUCAUCCCCUUCCAACCUCAAAACCUCUCAAAAUGCGUGAGUGUAUCAGCGUACACGUGGGACAGGCUGGCGUGCAGAUCGGCAAUGCAUGCUGGGAGCUGUACUGUCUGGAACAUGGGAUCCAGCCUGACGGUCAAAUGCCUUCCGAUAAGACUGUGGGAGGCGGCGAUGACUCCUUCAACACCUUCUUCAGCGAGACCGGCAGCGGCAAACACGUCCCCCGCGCCGUCUUUGUUGACCUGGAACCCUCUGUCAUUGACGAGGUGCGGACCGGAACCUACCGGGCGCUGUUUCACCCAGAGCAGCUGAUCACAGGGAAGGAGGAUGCCGCCAACAACUAUGCCAGGGGCCACUACACCAUUGGCAAGGAGAUCGUUGACGUGGUGCUGGAAAAAGUCCGCAAGCUGGCCGAUCAGUGCACCGGGCUGCAAGGGUUCCUGAUCUUCCACUCCUUCGGGGGCGGCACCGGGUCUGGGUUCACCUCCCUGCUGAUGGAGCGCCUCUCUGUUGACUAUGGCAAGAAGAGCAAGCUGGAGUUUGCCAUUUACCCAGCACCACAGGUGGCUACGGCGGUGGUGGAGCCGUACAACUCCAUCCUGACCACCCACACCACCCUGGAACACUCCGACUGCGCCUUCAUGGUAGACAACGAAGCGAUCUAUGACAUCUGCAGGAGGAAUUUGGACAUCGAGAGGCCAACUUACACUAACUUGAACAGACUUAUUGGCCAGAUCGUGUCCUCUAUUACUGCUUCCCUCAGGUUUGACGGCGCCCUCAAUGUGGACCUGACGGAGUUUCAGACCAACCUGGUGCCCUACCCACGCAUCCACUUCCCCCUGGUGACCUACGCCCCUGUCAUCAGUGCAGAGAAGGCUUAUCACGAGCAGCUGUCUGUGGCUGAGAUCACUAAUGCCUGCUUUGAACCCGCUAAUCAGAUGGUGAAAUGCGACCCACGGCACGGGAAAUACAUGGCUUGCUGUCUGCUCUUCCGGGGUGACGUGGUUCCCAAGGACGUGAAUGCCGCUAUUGCCGCUAUUAAGACCAAGAGGACCAUUCAGUUCGUCGAUUGGUGCCCCACUGGCUUCAAGGUGGGCAUCAACUACCAGCCCCCCACGGUGGUUCCCGGGGGUGACCUGGCCAAGGUAGCGAGGGCGGUGUGUAUGCUGUCCAAUACCACCGCCAUCGCUGAGGCCUGGGCUAGACUGGACCAUAAAUUCGAUCUUAUGUACGCCAAGAGAGCCUUCGUACAUUGGUACGUGGGUGAGGGUAUGGAGGAGGGUGAAUUCUCCGAGGCUCGCGAGGACUUGGCUGCCCUCGAGAAGGACUACGAGGAGGUUGGACUCGACUCCGCUGAAGGGGAAGGAGAAGAAGAAGAGGGUCAGGAGUACUAAAUCCCCUUCAAAGAGUACUGGAUCCCACUUUAAAGAGUAUUCGAUCCCACUUUAAAGAGUAUUCGAUCCCCUUUAAAGAGUAUUCGAUCCCCUUAAAGAGUACUGGAUUCCUUUAAAGGGUACUGGAUUCACCCUUGAUGGAGUACUAGACACCACCCUUUACCACCCCCCCUUAAAACUGGUCCCUUAAACCUCCAAAUCCCCUUAAAUGUCCCUUCAAAAUAAGCAAACUUGUCUCUUACACACUACUACUACUACUACUACUACUACUACUACUACUACUACUACUACUACUACUACUACUACUACUACACUUGAUUUACGUUGCCUACACCCUUCCUAAAUGUACACACCACCACCACAACACCACAAAACACCACAAAACACCACAAAA